AUGGAGACCGAGCGGCCAUUGAGCAUCCUGCCUUCAAUCAAAUGCUCGGACUGUGGUGCAGAGAUUAAAAUCUCGGCCAUGGGCGAGCACGUGUGUCCAGCACAGCAGGAUGAACCGGCACCCUCAAGUACAUGGCAGAAGCCAAAGUCGCCGACCAUAUCGCCAUUCACAUCACCGGCCACAUCACCAGUCUCACCGCCAAUCACAUCUCCUUCGGCGGCGAAGCAGCGAAGCCUGCUGCCGCCUAUGGAGCAGAGCCUGGACAGGCCGCCUUCAAGACCAGCCAGGAACCCCCUCCCUCGUAUCGAUCCUAAUGUAGCGAACAAGCCGUAUGCUGCGCGACAGGAGAUGCUGUCACCGGACAGCUCCAACAGCUCGGGACGACGUACACCUUUGACACCACUCACAGGCAGGCCGGGUCGCUCGCCGGGAAUGCGUAGCGCUACCAGCCCCAGCCCUCGACUGCCGCGUGAGCCAUCGCAAGAGCUGACCGGAAACAUGGACUGUGCCUUCCCACCCUUCCCUACCGCACGAUCCAAGUCGGCCGCAAGAGUAAAGAGCCCGGUACCCGAUGCAUACUACGCCCCUCGAAGCCCCAUCGGUAAUGGAGGUGCCAUUGUUUCACGCAAACUAGAUACAAUCGCUCCUGGGCCUUUCAACGCGCCCACGCGCAACUCGUCUCGCUCACCUUCGUCCAACGUGGGUGCUCAGGCGCCUCCUGCCAUCACCAUCGACCAGCCUCCAGCCGAGAGAGCCGCCUCGCCCAUCUUCAGGUCCGCAUCCCCUGUCAGUUACGAGAGACCUGCCUCCCCUCCCUCGCCUGUUCCCGCCUCGCCAACCUUAUCUUCGACUUCGACUGCUUCCGUUGGCACCAACCGGGAAGGACGUCCAAUCCCCCAGCGCCCUGUUCGACCGGAGCCACUUGACGGCUUCCUAGCGAUGCUCAAGAGCGAGUCGGAGGCUGCAGGGCAGCAGCUAUCAAACAUGACGAUUCGCUCAAACACAUUCCCCCUGCCUCCAUCCACAUACAAAUCACCCGAACUUGGCUCUGUUCUGAGAAGUCCCUCGGCACCGCCUACGAGGCAGCGACGACCCACCAUCUCUGCUCCGUCGCAAAGCGCUCCUGGCGCCUCUCUUCCCACUGCCUCGUCCACUGGCCCACCUGCCCUCCCUCCGCUCCCUACCAUCUCGACUGCUGUGGCUCCUGCGCUUCCGCCUCUUCCUUCAGCCGCCGACUUGCAGAAACAUGUCCAUCCCGUCGUGCACGCUCCUUCUGAUUCGGCUUCCUCUGCCUCAUCUACACAAAGCUUCAAGUCUGACAUCAGUCCACCCGUCUCGGCAUCGUCAAGCGUCUCCAUGCUCUCGACUACCCUGAGUGAUCUCUCUGAUCCUUCGCUCCUUGUGCCCAGCCUGCAAGUUAAGAGCAAGCAGAUCAAUCGCCUCAGCCCGGACGAUGCCUUCAAGCCCAGCUUUGUUGUUGAGCGCCAGACAGCUCCAGCUCCGUUUGAGGAGAGGCUGGAUAGUCCAACCGAGAAGAUGAAUCAUUUCCCCGUGGGCACUCCUCGUAUUUCCCGCGAGGCUGACUAUCCCGAAUCGCCCGUGGUUCCUGGUUUCCACGUCAAGCGUCCCUUGAGCCCUAUGUCAACAACAUCCACGCCCAUGGCCUCUCCGCCCACCGAGCAUGGCUUUUCCUCCAGACCCACAUCGUCCAAGCGACCCGGAACCUCUUCCAAGCACAUCUGUAGAGGCUGCAGCGAGCCCAUACAAGGCAAGUCUGUCAAGGCUGCUGAUGGACGCCUGACCGGUCGCUACCACAAGCAUUGCUUUGUUUGCAAGACCUGCAAAUCGGCUUUUGCGACUGCUGACUUCUAUGUCAUCGACAACAACCCAUACUGUGAGCAUCACUAUCACGAGCUCAACAACUCCCUGUGCGCACAUUGCGAUCGCGGUAUUGAGGGACCAUACCUCGAAACCCAGCAGACUCAAAAGUUCCAUCCUAGCUGUUUCACCUGCAUUGACUGUCACAAACCGCUGAGCGAUGAUUACUUUGAGAUUGCUGGUAAGGUCUACUGCGAGCAGCACGCCUUUGCAUCGGUCCGCCAACAAGAGGGACUCGGACCUAAGAGAAACAUGGAAAGAAGAACAACACGCUUCAUGGUCAUGUAA